UUGUUAAAUUAAAAAGUAUACACGUAUUUUCAGACACUGUCAACAAAAAUAGUAUUGAUAUUUGUAUAAAAUCAAUAGCAAAUAUGGCUGGGUCAGCAUUGAAGCGUCUUAUGGCAGAAUACAAACAAUUAACACUAAACCCACCAGAAGGCAUUAUUGCGGGUCCAGUGAAUGAAGAGAACUUCUUCGAGUGGGAGGCAUAUAUUAUGGGUCCAGAAGGAACAUGUUUUGAGGGGGGUGUCUACCCCGCCAGGCUGACGUUCCCCCCAGACUACCCGCUCAGUCCACCGAAAAUGAAGUUUAUGUGCGAGAUUUUUCAUCCUAAUAUCUACACCGAUGGCCGUGUUUGUAUAUCGAUACUGCACGCCCCGGGGGAUGACCCGAUGGGUUACGAGACGAGCGCUGAAAGAUGGAGUCCGGUCCAGAGUGUGGAAAAAAUACUUCUCUCUGUCGUCAGCAUGCUGGCGGAGCCGAAUGAUGAAAGUGCUGCAAGUGUUGAUGCUGCUAAAACGUGGCGGGAAGACCGCGCCCGGUUCAAUGAUAUUGCAGCGUUGACAGUGAAAAAAUCUCUCGGAUUGUAACACCGACCCCCCCCCCCCCCCCCCCCUCACCUCCCACCUCUCAUCCAGAUUCUUCGUCAUCUCAGUACAUUCUCUGUCAUUUUGUGGUUGUGUCAAUAGAUUCGGACUCUUGGAUUGAUUUUUGUUUUUAAGUGAAGAUCAAUCACCGUUGCAACAACCGCCUAUUUUGUAAAAAAAAAAACCCAUACACACUUCCAUGUAAUAUUAAAUUAAGCUUGUAAAAAAAAA